AUGAAAAUAAUUGUUCUUUUAUUAGUAGUACUUUAAGUUAUUGCUGUUAAUGCCAUAGAUUUUCCCACAAAUGUCCCUAGUUGGACUACCUAAGAAUAAUUCAACAACUUUGCUACUUGCAUGAAAUAAGUUAUAUCUGGAGAUCCAUGCGCAAAAUCUUCUAAUUAGGCUUCCUGCAUUUCUUCUGCAACUGAUUAUCUUAAUUGUUGGGCUCCUUGCUUUUGGGUAACUGAUUAUACUAGCUUUAAAACUUGCUAAAAUUCUUGUGACAACAAAGCAAAAAGUGCUGAUUAGACUCUUGUAUCUUAUGUUAAUUCUUCUGAUUAAUGCUUUGGCAAGUUAAAUAGCUCAUUAUUAGCUUUAUCUGCAUUUAUCUUAGCUGCAUUUUCUUUACUUUUUUGA